UGGUGUAUGUAGUCCUUGACGUGCUCCUGACGAAACACCGCCUUGAUCUCAGUAGAAUUAUUAUUCAUAUUUCUCUAGAGGCUUCUUGGGUCUUUUUCAAGACUUCGGACUUGAUCAGACAAGGCAAAACUUCUGUAAUGGUGGCUAUAUAUGUUCACUAUCACCACCCCCCUCGGAAAACACAACCUCAUGACCACACCACCCAAAAGAAUGGAUUCCAGGAAGAUUUUGAUAAUAUGGGAAGUUGUCUUCAUUACUAUGCUGCUCUUUUAUUGUGCAGUGAAUGCAAGGGAACUAGUUGAAACACCCAAGCCCAGCACAACUGGUGAGGAGGGUUUAGGCCGCUACUUGCAAGAAAUUGUGGAUGCUUUCAAACCAGCAAAUAUCGUCCCGGCGCUGGCGCCAGGGCCAAAUGGCAUCCUGUGGCCGGCAGAUGUCCCAUGAACCGCGGCUUCCUCUCUCCUCAAUAAGCUAAAGAAGGUAACCCUGCACUCAAAUUUCUACUAGCUAGGGAAUGUAACCACAAUAUCUUCCUUCAUUUUUUUUUUCUUUUUUCUUUUUUCUUUUUUUUUUAAAAAAAAUAGGAUA